UCUUUGACUCCGUGUCCUAGUAACAUAUACAAUAUGGCGAAAAUCGUAAUCGCAGGUCGAUCUGACUGUCCAUAUUUUGCUAGAGUUGAGUUACUGGGAGAUCGAUUGGCUAAAAACUUGAAAAAAUUUAAGCUUCAUAAAUUGAUGAUCCAACCAGACAAAUGGGAUGAAUGGCUUCAUACCACCUGUGCUGAGAGGGGCUGGGAGUUCCAUUCAUCUCCCAUCAUAUGGAGAGAGCUGAUAGACAGGGGAGGCAAAGGAGUCCUCAUCGGUGGUGCCAAUGAAUUUCAGGAGUAUGUCAAGGCAUACUAUGAUGUUGAGUCUGAAAUGACAAGCUAUGAAAUGAGAAUGGUAGCAGCUGAGAAUAAAAAGACCAAAGACGAACUUGAUGAAGAAGAGAAAUACUUCAAAUCAUUAAGUAAUCCUGUCAAUGUCUGCAUUACCAAUGCUGCCAGUCCAGUAUGCUACCACUUGCUACACUCAAUCAGCACGGGUCAAGUCCUGGGGCCAAAAGUAGAACUUGUCAUUCACCUGUUGGUCAAUUCUGAGGAGGACUUGGAACAGGUAAUGGGCACAGCCAUGGAAGCAGAAGAUUUAGCCCUAAGUUUGCUGAGAGAUGUGAAAGUAUUCACAGAAGCUGAGGAAGCCUUUAAGGAUUGCCAGAUCAUCAUCUUCCUUGAUGAAAUCCAGAGACAAGAGGAUAUGACUAUGAGGAAAUGGUACAUUCAAUAUAUGGCUUUGUUUACAUUCUACGGGGAAAUUAUUGAUAAGAAAGCUUUAAGAAACUGUAAGGUUUUGGUUUGUGGUAAUGGCCCAAUCAAUUUCAAUGCUACCAUCCUAGCGCGAAGUGCUCAGAAGAUUGCUCGUCAGAAUGUUGUCGCUGUGGCCUCUGUUGUUGAGAACCAGGCCAAGUCUGUUAUAGGAGAAAAACUGAAUGUCAACCCUGCUGGUGUAGUGAAUCUUCUGGUCUGGGGAAAUAUAAAUGCCAAGCGGCAUCUGGAUGUCAGCAAAUGUCAAGUCCAUGGCUAUGAUGGUGCCAUCACAGGACCUAGUUGGUAUUCUGUCAACGCAAUUGAAAUGUUACAUGACAACAAAUGGUUGUCUUCGGAAUUUCCAGCUUUGGUCAGUGCACGUCAUUUAAAGGUUUCCCGGGUGAUGGGCAGAAGUACCAGUCUAAGUACUGCCAACUCUAUCUCAACACUCUUAAAACUCUGGUUUCGGGGAUCGCCUCAUGGACAAAUAUUUUCUCUUGCUGUAUAUUCUGAAGGAUGGUAUGGAGUUCCAGAAGGGAUAUUCUUCUCCUUUCCUGUGACCAUGGAUCCUAAAGGCUACUGGCAUGUUGUGCAGGAUGUUUUCUUGACACCAGAGACAAAGCUGAAUAUUAAGAGCAGUAUUGAAGACCUACAGUAUGAGCUUGGAAUAAUCAGAGAAGAUAACCAACCAUCAAAAGACGAGGGCACAGACACUUCCCAAACCAGUGAGCCAGAAUCACCAGAGAAUAACCAGGAUGAACCACCAGCCAUCAAUGAAAUUGAAACAGAAAGAACUAUUGACUCAACACAAUCACUGGAUGAAGGAAACUCGUUAAAUGAAAUAUCAACAGUGUUUGUAGAAAAUUUUUCAACUUUAGAGGUGACAGGUGAUGAAGAGAAGCCACCCGAGGUAUUGGAAACUGUGAGUGAAGAAAAUCCUGCAGAUUUGUUGACCACUGAAAAUACAUCUUAGGAUACUUUAGGCUAAAUUGUACAUUAUUCUAUACUUUCCAUGUAUGAAACUUGCUAGUGUUGUUGCAAGGACAUGUAUUAUGGAGAAAGAAAACUGCAGUAAAUCAUUUCCUAUCCAUCUUCUCAUGAUUGUCUUUAUAAAUUGUUUACAUUUUUAAAAAGUUACAAAUUGUGAUUUUACCAUCACUAAAGAGAUACAAGACACAAAAAGCAAAGACAAUCAGACACAAGCACUCUUUUGUUCCCCAGGCAAUCAAAUCAUUAAAUAGAAACAAUCUGAUAUAAACUUUUCACAUGUAAAUUAUGAGUGAGUCUAGUGUGAAUGUACAUUUUGGUUUUUUAUAGUUAUAAUGUUUUUUGUUUGGUGUAAUGAACAAAUUGUAAGACAAAUUUCCUUAUGGACAAUAAAGAUUAUUAUUAUUGUACAGAGCAUAAGUUUUGAUUCUGUGAUAUUAUAAUUUCUUGUCACUUUUAUUCUCUUUACAUUUUGCAAUUAAUUUUAAGCUGAACAAUUUUUGACAUUUUUAUUUUUUGAAUGUAUAGAGAAAAUUCAUAAAAAUUGACAUUAAAAAACAAAACAAAAAAUUUUUACCUGCGUAAUAAAUUAAAACUUUUUUUAAACAAUUCAGCCUAUUGACAACAUAAUUAUCAUCUAAUUUUAUUAAUGGUAUAAAAAAAUAGAAACAUGUAUGCUGUGAUGAUCUACUGCUCUGUUUGUCAACUUUACAAAACAUUUUGUUAGUAAAUGAAAAUAUUUUUUUUACAGCUCAACUUUUGUUUACAAUACUUGUUUUCAUGUGUCUAAAAAUAAAUACUAUUGGUCCAAUUUGCUUAA